UUUACCCUUUCAUCCCAUCUUCUGCGGCAGGGUAUUUACUUGGGCUGCCGUUUUGGCCUGGCUGCAUUAUUCAUCUGGGCAAUCGGCAUUCUCGCUGCGGGUCAAUCUUCUACCAUGACUGGAACCUACUCUGGACAAUUCGUGAUGGAAGGAUUCUUAUCGCUCACUUGGAAACGCUGGCAAAGGGUUUUGCUUACGCGUUCUAUUGCUAUAAUGCCCACCAUCCUGGUUGCUGUCUUUUCGGGUUAG